GACCCUCUGUGCGACUCUAGUUCAGACUGAUAGCUAUAAAGAGCUCACCGAUGACCAGCCCAGUGCCACUUCUCUCAUCAUCGCAUAGCACAAUCCACCACUGCAAAACAUAUCAAACCUCCAUUCCAAUCAAUCACGUCUCAUCUAGAGCUCAAACCACCUAGGAACCUUCAAAAUGUCUCUUCAAGCUUCUCUCCAAAGCGCCUACGCCGACUUCCAAAAGGCGGCCCCAGCCCCCGUCAUCGACACCUUCAACUCCGGCGUGCAAGCCCUGCAAGGCUCCUUCGACGCCAGCAAGGCCAUCCAGCCCGGCCAGAAGCUGCCGGAGUUUACCCUCCAAGAUGCCACCGGCAAUGCCGUCACCAGCACCAGCCUGCUAGCCGAAGGCCCCCUCCUCCUCUCCUUCUACCGCGGCGAAUGGUGCCCCUUCUGCAACCUCGAGCUGCGCGCUCUGCAAUCCCGCCUGCCUGAAUUUACGGCCACGGGCGUUACCCUGGCUGCUGUCUCCCCACACCUCCCGGAUACCUCGCUGUCCGUGGCGGAGAAGCACGCUCUCGAGUUCCCCGUGCUCUCGGACGUGGGGAACCAGCUCGCCCGCCAGCUGGGGAUCGUGUGGAAGCAGCCCGAGGCGUUCGGCCCGAUCCUGGCCGGCUUCGGGGUUGAUUGGGAAGAAAAGUACGGGAAUCAGAGCCUGGAAGUGCCGAUUCCCGCGACCGUGCUCGUGGGUGCAGAUGGGGUGGUGCGCAAUGUGUUUUUGGACCCAGAUUACACGAAGCGGUUGGAGCCGGAGACCGCGCUGGAGUGGGCUCGCGCUCUUUAGGGGUGUUACUUUUUGGAUUGGUGGAUAGUAGACGUCUUUAGAGCUCUAUAGAAGUGAUUUGAUUUGUG